AUGGCAGUUGCGCUUUCUACGGCAUUCAUAGUCCUAGCCUCUGUGGCUACGGCCUUUGCACCUGGCUUGGAAGUUGCCUACUCAGUUGGUAAUGCUACUCAGGCUAUCUCGAUUACUCCAGAUGGUCGAAUAUUUCUUGCUCAACGCUACAACGAGUCAAGAGUCCCGCAGAUUGUCGAGUUGCUUGCAGAUAACACAACCGUGUUGUACCCAGAUGCCAGCUGGAACUCGUAUGUAUCAGAUGAUCCAGGCUCCGAUCCUGCAACUAGCUUUGUCAGUGUGGAUGGAGCCCGUCUCGGACCUAACGGGCACUAUUGGGUUGUCGAUGGUGGAGCAGUUGGUGUCAACGCCUCUGCGAAGCUUGUAGGCGUGAAUAUCACCACGGACGAAGUCGAUAGACUCUACUAUCUACAGGAUAUUAUCGGUCUGGAGAAUGGACCUGAUGACGUCCGCUUUGAUGCUGAUGGCGAGACUGCAUAUCUGAGCGACAUCAAUGGAGCACUCCUAGUUCUCAAUCUAACAACGGGAGAAGGUGUGCGUGUACUCAACAAUUCUUAUACGGCACAAGCACUUUUUCCUCUUAUGUUCAACCAUACCUUGCUCGAAGGGAGUGAUGGUGCCAAUAGCACAUCUACUGCGGGCCUUGACCAAAUCGAAGUGUCACCCGACGGCCUCUAUUUGUAUUACCAGCCUUGUCAAGGUGGCAUGUACCGUCUUCCGACCGAAUUUCUUCGCGCCAGUCUCACCAAUGCUACACUCGCCUCUACUAUUGGCGAUUAUGCCGAGCCUUACGCGUUGACGCCUAGCACAGGCGGAACAACUAUCGAUGCUGAUGGUACUAUCUACGUGAGCGACACAAAUUUGUUAGCCAUCUGGAAGAUUACUCCCGAUGGCCGCGAAUCUAUAAUGUUGCAAGACGACGCUCUCUUGUGGACAGAUCAGAUGUGGAUUACGUGUGACAAGAAGCUAUUGCUUCCAGCUUCUCAGUAUCGUCCAGGUGGAAAUGGUCUGAUGGCACUCGGUCCUAACUAUAUCUUUUCAUACUCGAUAGAUGCAGGACCUUCGCCAAUUGACCAUCCUUAA